AGCUUUGGCUUCCACCGCUCCCGUGCCAUCUAUCGGAAGCUCUCGUGCCAUUUAUCGGUACCGCAAUGAAGCUUUUUGCCCUCGUCGCAGUUGGCUCUGUCUGCACCGCCCUGGCUGUGGCCACAGGCAAGUCCAAGUCCAUUUCCGAAGGAGGUGCCCUGUCCAACGACAAGGGAGCCAGCCCCUGGCUGUCACUCCUGACCAAGAGUUGGGCAUUGCCUGGUGAAGCUCAAGAGGAACAGAGCAAGGGAUUGGAUGAUUUGGCCAACAGCGUCUUAGCACUGGCCAAGAAUCGUAAAAGCGGAGCCCCAGAUGCUGAGAUGAAGGCGGCGGUUGAUAGUAUCUCUCAGAUCCUUUCCGACAUGAAGGAUGCUGUGAGCACUGGCAACGUUGCAGCGCAGCAGGAGAUCACCAAGAAGGAAACAGCAUUGAAGAACUGCAGCAUUCCAAGUGAAACGAGCACGGCGGACUUUGAGGCCUCACUGCACAUCACCAUGAACGAUGUGCUCAACUGCCGUGCUGAGGAGAAGACAUACUACAGUGCCUACCAGUUCUGCAUGGCAGAGGAGGCUCGUUGCAGCAACACUACCGAGUGCUGUGUGGAUCUCAUCCAGCCCAAUCCCUACUGCUUGAGCCCUCCCAGCCCUCCAUCGCCCCUGUCCUUCCAGACCGAGUGCGAUGCCGCGUCCCGCUGUCGAGAGAAGGAUUUGGAGAACAAGUUGGCCUUUUUCGAACACAAACUGCAGGAGUACAAUGAUGCCGUGACUGCCUGUGAUCAGUCCCGCUUGGGCUGCAACGCCUCCUACGCUUGCUCCGUGAAGCAGGCAGCUUGGAAGGAGAAGCACUCCCAGUGCAACGGCAACCAGACCACCUUCGAACAGGCCUACUGCGAUUUGGCCGGAUCGCAGGAGGCUCAUUGGGACACCUACUCUGGCUGCCACGAUCGUAGCUUGAAGUCUUUGGAGGCGGAAGAACUGAAACAGGAGGGUUUGCUCACUGGCCGACGACAGGAAUGGCGUGGCUUGAAACGUAUUGAAUGCCUUCUGGGUGCUUUGACCGCCGAGGAUCAGACCGCCGCAUUGGAUGCCUGCAUCAAGAAGAACCACACCAUUGAUGCUGAAGAAGAACUGAAGCUCACGUAUCCCACCAAGGUGGGCUCCGUGCCGUCCAAGUCUACUUGCCAUGAGAAGCUGAAUGCCCCUGGCACCGCGUAUUUCUUGAAGACCUUCUAUUCCGGGGUGCCGGAAGUGCUGAUGCCAACCUCUCUGACCACCUACUACUGCGUCUCUGGCUUGAGCACCACCUACUGCCCUGUGGCCUCCUCCUCCCUGUCCUUGUUGGCCAAGGUCAACGGCCGCAUGCCGGUGGUGCCGCACAUCAAGUGAGCGACGCAGGACGCGACGCAAUCUGCGACCAUCGCCUUCACCGAGCGAGGGAACAAGCGCUGCAGUUUUCACCGUUUUGGCGCAGGGCUGGGCCCUACGUCCUCCCAAUACCGUUG